AUGUCCAUCCAGGAGUAUAUUGAGGAGCAUGCUCUCGGCAAGAAGGUUGAGGAUGUAAUAAAUGCCGCCGUCAAGGCCAAGGCACCUGAGCCGAUCUCUUUCAUGGCAGAAUACCUUAAAAAGCAAACUCCAGCCGCCAUUACGAAGAUCGUCGGCCGUCAGAUAUUUGACUCUCGCGGAAAUCCUACUGUCGAGGCUGACGUCUACACGUACAAGGGAAUGUUUCGCGCUAUGACUCCUUCUGGAGCCUCUACCGGCAUCCACGAAGCGGUAGAGCUUCGGGACGGCGACAAAGAAAAGUGGAUGGGAAAAGGUGUGUUAAAGGCUGUGGAGAACAUCAACACCAUCAUUGCCCCUGCGCUCAUCGGUAAGGAUCCUGCCGAUCAAAAAAUGAUAGACGAUCUCAUGAUCGAGCUAGAUGGUACUAAGAACAAAGGUAAACUUGGCGCUAACGCCAUCCUCGCUGUCUCUAUGGCAGUUUCGAAGGCAGGCGCGGCGGAGAAGGGAGUCCCACUUUACAAGCACAUCUCUGAGCUCGCAGGAAAUUCGAAGCUUGUGCUUCCUGUGCCCGCUUUCAAUGUGAUAAACGGCGGGUCACAUGCAGGUAACAAGCUUGCCAUGCAGGAAUUCAUGAUUCUCCCUGUCGGCGCUUCCACGUUCGCAGAAGCUAUGCGAAUGGGCUCCGAGGUUUAUCAUAACCUCAAGUCUGUAAUCAAGAAGAAGUACGGUCAGGACGCCUGCAAUGUCGGAGAUGAAGGAGGGUUCGCGCCGAACAUUCAGGAAAACAGAGAAGGUCUCGAAUUGCUCAAGGAAGCUAUCGAGAAAGCGGGAUACACUGGAAAGAUCAAGAUAGGCAUGGAUGUCGCAGCAGCUGAAUUUUACACGGCUGAUGAUAAGAUGUAUGACCUUGACUUCAAGACUGAAAAUAAUGAUGGGUCUCUGAAGAAGACUGGUGAGGAAAUGAUUGCUAUGUACAAAGAGUUCUGCUCUGAGUAUCCUAUUGUCUCCAUUGAGGACCCGUUCGACCAGGAUGAUUUCGAGAACACGGGCACUCUGACUGCGUCGGGUGUGUGCCAGGUAGUUGGGGAUGACCUCCUCGUGACAAACCCUGAGCGCGUCGCGACUGCCAUCGAGUCAAAGGCAUGUAAUGCACUGCUCCUCAAGGUGAACCAGAUUGGUUCAAUCACCGAGGCGAUUGAGGCAGUGCGGAUGUCCAAGAAGGCUGGUUGGGGCGUCAUGGCGUCUCACCGCUCUGGCGAGACGGAGGAUUCAUAUAUCGCAGAUUUAGCGGUAGGCCUUGCCACUGGCCAGAUCAAAACUGGAGCGCCCUGUCGGUCUGAGCGCCUCUCGAAAUACAAUCAACUAUUGCGAAUUGAAGAAGAGCUUGGUUCAGAAGCAUCGUAUGCCGGCGAGAACUACCGACACAUAGGCUGGUAA